AUGUCGCCUCUCGCUGCUUCUUCCGCCAGCUCGCUCCGGGCGUGUGCCCGGCACGCCAACGUCGUCCCUCGCGCCCUCGCUGCAUCGUCCGUCACCCAGCAGCGACGAGGACGAGCCACAGAUGCUGCUCAGACGUCUUCCUUCGAUAGCCCGUUCGGCAGAGGCAACGCUGCCCCCUCGACGUUGAAGAUCCCCAGCUUCGGCAAAUACGCCAGCCCCCGUCGUGAAGGCACCAACAAGACCUUCUCCUACUUCGUCGUCGGUACCAUGGGCAUGAUGGCUGCUGUUGGCGCUAAGGCUACUGUGCAAGAUUUCCUUGUCAACAUGUCCGCCUCCGCCGAUGUUUUGGCUCAGGCCAAGGUCGAAAUCGCUCUUAACACGAUCCCAGAGGGCAAGAACGUCAUCAUCAAAUGGCGAGGAAAGCCCGUUUUCAUCCGUCACCGAACGGCCAGCGAAAUUCAAGAAGCCGAGUCGACCAGCUGGGAAUCUCUCCGAGACCCCCAGCCAGAUUCUGACCGUGUCAAGAACCCCGAAUGGCUUAUCAUGUUGGGUGUCUGCACCCAUCUUGGUUGUGUGCCAAUUGGUGAAGCUGGUGACUUUGGCGGCUGGUUCUGUCCUUGCCACGGCUCCCACUACGAUAUCUCCGGCCGAAUUCGAAAGGGUCCUGCCCCAUUGAACUUGGAAGUCCCCACGUAUGACUUCCCAACUGAUGACACUCUCGUCAUCGGUUAA